UGCUCAUAAAUGAAAGUGAAAAUUGUAGUUGUGGCGGGAAAAAUUCAUUCCGAGGGAAUUGUGCUGGCGGGAAGAAGUGUUCCCAUUAUGUCCCUGUACAGGAGAGAGUUUCCCUUCCAGAAGGUUUCUGUUAUAUUACUGUGUCUGGCUCAUACUGCAGUAUCUGAACCUGGAGUAAAAUGCAAAUUCUCAGGACCUGCCAUUAUAGGGGGUAACGCUACACUGAGGUGCCAACUCCCAGGAUCCUUUGAGGUGCUGCAGGUGACCUGGCAAAGGAGUAAAGAUGGCUUCCGAGAAAACAUUGCGACCUACAGCAACAAGUAUGGGGUCAAGGUACUGAGCCCCUUUAACAAACGAGUAGAGGUUUUCAACACAAGCCCAAAAAAGUCAUCCAUGAAGAUUUCUGCACUGACAAAGGAGGAUGAAGCCUGUUAUAUUUGUGUCUUCAAUGUGUAUCAGCACGGAGCCUACACUGGGCAAGUCUGUCUCCCCACCCUGGGUAAGUUAUUCUGCUUAUUCUGACCUGGCAUUCGCCAU